AGCCUCCCACUUCUGUGCUUUAAUACCUUAAGGUGUCCAUAAUAGAGACCAUUCAAUAGACCACCGCCGGAGCACUCAAGACCAGAAACAAAAAGUGUGGUCAUUUUCUUUUGGAUCAUAAACGUGCCAUUUGAAUUCGUCCACCUCUUUCUUUAAGGAUACCCGCGCUGCUUUAAAUGAAUGCUGUGAGUUAAAUUCUUCCCUUCAUGCCUGUCAAUCAUGUUAGCAGAAGGUUUCACAGCACCGCGUCUUUGCUGCGCUCGGAUCUGAUCAGUUUGUCGAUUCCGUCUGCCCCCUUUACGCGCGGAGGCAUCACCGACACGGAGUUCCUAAAGUCCGCGUGAUUAUCUCCUCUUGGUCUUUUUGUGCACGCAUCUCUAAUCUCAUCGCGUGUUUUCGAUGCGCAUUCCCCAUCAAUUGUUCGUGCAUGGAUAAGACACGACUGGCUUUUCUGAAUCGUUCUGGGGGAAACGCGUAAAAGAUUCCGGCCACUUACAACCGCAGUCCAGCCAUGGCCAUGGUGGUGAGUGUGUGGAGGGACCCGCAGGAGGAAUCAGGGGGAUCAUUGGAUGAUCACACCGGAUCGGGAAAAGACCCCCACAACCCGCGCCUGAGCGCAGCAUCGCACUCUCCAAACGCUGGAGUCUCAUCGGCGGAUGAUAAAGGGCAGACGUCAGCGCCGACCCAGCAGCAUGUUGAAUGCGUGGUUUGCGGUGAUAAAUCCAGCGGGAAACAUUACGGACAGUUCACGUGCGAGGGCUGCAAAAGUUUCUUUAAACGGAGUGUUCGACGGAACUUAACGUACACGUGCCGGGCUAACAGAACCUGCCCAGUGGACCAGCACCACAGGAACCAGUGCCAGUACUGCCGACUGAAGAAAUGUCUAAAAGUGGGAAUGAGGCGAGAAGCGGUUCAGCGAGGACGAAUGGCCCCGAACCAGCCGAACCCAGGCCAUUACAUGCUGACCAACGGAGACCCACUGACCGGUCAGUGUUACCUGUCCGGUUACAUCUCUCUCCUGCUUCGGGCUGAGUCCUAUCCAGCCUCCCGAUACGGCAACCAAUGCAUGCAAUCCGGUAACAUCAUGAGCAUAGAGAACAUCUGCGAGCUGGCGGCCCGUCUGCUCUUCAGCGCGGUGGAAUGGGCCAAGAACAUCCCGUUCUUUCCUGAUCUCCAAAUCACGGAUCAGGUGUCUCUGCUCAGACUCACCUGGAGCGAGCUUUUUGUUCUGAACGCGGCCCAGUGCGCAAUGCCCAUCCACGUGGCCCCUCUCCUUGCCGCCGCCGGACUUCACGCCUCACCGAUGACCGCGGACCGAGUCGUGGCCUUCAUGGAUCAUAUCCGAUUCUUCCAGGAGCAGGUGGAGAAACUCAAGGCCCUGCAGGUGGACUCUGCCGAAUACAGCUGUGCCAAAGCAAUAGUGCUGUUCACGUCAGAUGCAUGCGGUCUGUCAGAUGUGCCGCACAUUGAAGGGCUUCAGGAGAAAUCUCAGUGCGCACUGGAGGAGUACGUGCGCAGUCAGUACCCGAAUCAACCCAUGCGCUUCGGCAAGCUGCUGCUGAGACUCCCCGCUCUUCGUAUGGUCUCAUCCGCCGUCAUCGAACAGCUUUUCUUCGUUCGUCUGGUGGGUAAAACCCCAAUUGAAACGCUUAUAAGGGACAUGCUGCUAUCUGGGAGUAAUUUCAACUGGCCAUAUAUGUCCAUUCAAUGACUCCACAAAGAAAAAGAAAAUGGACGUUUGGUGAGCAUUUGCAGACCUUACACAACUCAACAGCAUCGAUGAACGAUGCAGACAGAAACUGAUCUGAAAUCUCACUUUGUGAAUUUAUAUAGAAACGAUAUACUUGUUAUGUGAAAAUGUGAAGCUUAAGACUCUCUCUCUCUCUCUUUAUCUCUCUCUGUCUUUUAACAGUCAAUCAUGUGCCAUAAAUUCUCUAAAAAUAACUAAUGCAUUUCUUUAGCAGUGUAAUUGUCCAUUUUACAUAUUUCAAGCCAAAUCCCAUCAAAUGUCUUAGUUUAGUUUUAUGAACAAUUAAGGAGGAACUUUGAUCCAAAAUAACUUGCUAUUGUUUUUUUUCUCUGUAUAAUACGUUACAGCAACAUCUAUUUUGCGUUUAUCGCAACUGAGAAAGCGGUGACAAUGGAUUGAUCAAUUAUUUAUUUUACUGUAUUUAUUUUUCUGCCCACAAACUUCCUGUACACGUGAUCUAAACAAUCAACACAGCACUUAACGCAUUGACUUUCUGAGGAUCAAAUCGGUGCUUUUCUCUCGGUUUAAAAUAUUACCCUUGACUAAAAUCUUUUAACUUGCUGAUGAUUAUUUGGGCUGUUGGAUUUGAUGUACGGCACAACACUGAUUAAACUAUUUCCAUUAAUCAUUUCGUGCGUAAUUGUGCUUUUAUUUCGACUUUUCCCCAAAUAAAGAUUAGCUUCGUAACCCUGAGGAACAAAUCAAUGAUCCUUUCCUUAAAGCAUUCUGUCUUGUAAUUUUCAAGUAUUUGAAUUAUUUGUUUAAAAAUGUUUUGAGAUCUUUUAUUAGGAAUUGCGAACCAAAGGAACAAAACCCAACAUUUCCAAAGUCUUCUCUGAAUGAGAACCGUAAGGUAGGAGAGCAUUUGAGUUUUUUAAAAUCGUAAAUAUUAUUAACACACAAUAAUAUAACAACAUAUGGUUUAAUUUACAGUUAAUUUUAUUCAUGUCUUCAUACUUUACACUUAAACCUGCAUACGCAUUUACGCGCUAACACAAUACAUCUGUUAACACAUGAAUUGGGGUAAAUUUUUUUUAUUAAAUAUAAAAUAGGAAAUAUUAAAGCUUAUAAAAUUCGGGUAGGGUUAUAACUUAAAAAAACCUGUUUCUGCUCUUUAAAAAAGUGUAUUACACGUUUGUUACACGAAUGUCUAAAUUUAACAGUAUAAUUAUAUGAUCCAGCUAUAUGGUCGUCAUUGAUCUAGUUAUGUUAGUUCAUAUAAGUCAUUGAUCUGGUUAUGUUAGUUUAUGUAAGUCAUUGAUCUAGUUAUAUUUGUUUAUGUUAAUCACUGCUUACAAAAGAGAUCAUUUGGACUGCAAGGCUUUGAAAUAAUGAACAGAGACGUACUGUACAGUAAAUUUAGUUGGUAAACUGUACAGGUAAAAUAUGAUUUAUAUAACAGGGGUGACAGGAAAGCGAUGUGAUGUUAUUAUCACCCAUGAAUUGAAGUAAACUGGAUGGGCGAUGCAAUUUGUGUCAUUUUUGUAAAGCUGAAUGUCC